AUGGUCAACCAGAAAGCCCAAGAUGCCAUCCAAAAGAGCCUCGACUCUGUCACCUCGGACCAAACCAGCGGCAUCCCGGGCCUCGUCUUCGUGGCUAUCGACAAGUCCGGCUCCGAAAUCGCCGCCGUGCCCUCCGGCCUCAAAGGCGCAGCUGCCGGCCGUCCCCCGAUGGACCUCGAUACGGUGUUCUGGAUUGCGUCCUGCACGAAACUCCUCGCGACCAUGGCGUGCAUGCAGGCCGUUGAGCAGGGGCUUUUGAAGCUGGAUGACCAUGAGCAGGUGUAUAAGCUUUGUCCGGAGUUGGAAGCCGUGAAGGUGUUGCGGGAGGAUGGGACGUUGGAGGAGAAGAGGGGGGCUAUUACGUUGAGGGGACUGUUGACGCAUACGAGUGGGUUUGCUUAUGAGUUCUUCAACCCGAAACUGCGAGAUUAUGGACGUCCGGUGGGCUUUGACGUCUUCCAUGCUGAUGUCAAGGAUAUUCUCCGCAUGCCGUUGGUCCAUCACCCAGGCGAGAACUGGGAGUACGGCAUAGGGAUCGACUGGGCCGGCAUUGUCCUCGAACGAGCCACGGGAACAGGACUGAACGACUGGAUCCAAAAGAACAUCAUGGAGCCACUCGGCCUCAAGAAUAUAAAUAUGUUUCCCACGGCUGAGAUGAAGAAGAACCUGGCGUACAUGCAUCAGCGAUGGCCUGGGUCCCAGCAAUCUGAGGAGCGAGAUCAUAUCUAUCGGGAGCCGCUGCUUGCAGAGACGGAUCAUGAGAAGAAGCAUGUCUUCCACAGCGGCGGAGCUGGUGCCUUUGCGAAGCCGACGGAGUAUGUGCAGGUUCUGGCUGCAUUGUUGAACGAUGGGAAGAGUCCGAAGACAGGCGCACAGAUCCUCAAGAAGGAGACUGUGGACGCCAUGUUCGAGAAUCAGAUCCCCAACUUCCCCAACUUCGCCCGCCAAGGCAUCCCCGCCGCCAAACCCGAACAAACAAACCCAGCCCCAGAGCUCUACCCGCAAGAAGGCAACCCGCCACAAGGCUGGGGCCUCAGCUUCAUGAUCACACAAGAACCCGGACCGACCGGCAGGGGCAGGAAUACAGCGUGGUGGGCGGGUAUCGCGAAUUUGUUCUGGUGGUGUGAUCGCGAGAAAGGCGUUGCGGGCAUGAUUGCAAGCCAGGUAAUGCCGUUUGGGGAUCUGGGGGUUAUGGGGCAGUGGGGUGCUUGUGAGGCGGCGGUUUAUCAGGCUUUGGAGGCCUAA